UGAUUACAAAUCCAAAGGAUUCAUAAAUGUUUACAUGAUCCCUUUAUUAGUUUAGAGUUUUUAAAAGUCAUUAUGAUUCCUUAUCUACGCUUUAGAAGCCUGGAAAAGUCCUUUCAGACCUUCUGAGGUCUGCAUAUGCAACAGGUCGGCCAGAGGAUUUUUUUACGGAGUUUUGAAAAUUCCAACUCGGGACAUUUUGAAUUCUUCGUGUGCUUGAAACUCUAGAAUUUUGCACAGGAAAAAAUACUUAAUACACAAUGGAGAGAGUCAAGCAUGCUCGUAAUCCAAUCUUCAGUUGCUCUCAGACUCGAGGUCUCCCUGGGUUACCUCCUCUACCACCGUCUCAUGAAGAGCCAUCCGAUUUAUAUCAGAUUGUGUUACGACACAGCGAACACCCACCAAUAAUGAAAGAUCCUUCUUGGACUAAAGCCUCACCCUUCAAAGAAACAGCCUAUGCACGCACGCCAAGUGAAUCUAUAGCAAACAAUUACAGCCCUAUGGCAGCUAACCUGAAGCUGAAAAGUCUCCCUAAGAGUAUUCAGUCCCCUAGAGCUCCAUCCCGCCAACAAACUAUGCAAGGCAAAGAGCCAACAACACCAAGGAAGAAAGCAACCCAACCAAGGAGUAGAGGAGAAGCGUCAAAUGGACUUCCUAAGAUUGAACGUCCACCCAGUAGAGCCAUGACCCCCAUGGAACAGAUGGACAUUAUAAAAGGGUGUGAAACAGUUGAAGCCAUGGAUGAAGAUGAACCCAGUUCAAGAGACCUUGAGCGUUAUGAGUACUAUAUAUCUGAGGGUAUCCCUGUUGAUGCUCUGGCGCCACAAGAACCUGAGGUCAUGGAAAGAAUCUUAGAGAGAAGAAUCCCCAAGAUCUUGACCUCUGAUCAGGACCUUGAUCCUCUACUAACCAGCCUUAGAAAGGAAGUAGCUGAUGACUAUGAGAUCAGUUUGCGGUUAGCUAUUGUGAAUUACAUAUUGAAAGACCCAACAGAAAAAAACCGUCUACAUAUCAAGGCAAUCCCAAAAAUAUUUCCCCAAAGGACCAUUCGUGCUCCAGUCCCCUGGCAUGACCCAUACCGUACCAGCUGGGAUAGCAUGGCUAAAAACUUAUUUAUUACAAACCCUGUGAUGAUGGAGAUACAAAACCUGUGGUACGAUAGGUUCUGCAACGCCCGCUUCGUAGAUGGCAAAGAGCUUCUAGCGGCAGGAUUACCCGUGACUCCCAACGAGUUUGAAGCUCUAGUGAAACAGCAGUGUGCGAACACGAGGGAAUUCCUAAAGAAAACGUGGAUCCCAGCCUGUGCACAUGUUUUAUACACUGGACGAUCUCAUUGGUCAUAUUUGGUACCGACCAAUGAUGGCGACUCCACUUCUCUUGUUCAGCAGUUCUUUUCUUGUGUAGCGGCACUCAUGUCCAUUCAACUCAGAAGCAUGGUCAUUAAUUCCUUGGCUGACUUCGUAGAGUUUUUGAAUUUCUAUAAGGAUGGCAAUGACUUUGGAGAGAACUUUUCUGAUCUUAGAUACGUCAUGGUUGAGAUCAUGGUCGUGCAGCUCAGAAUUGACGGUGCUAAACUCAUCUUUGACCCGCCCUUCAGAGAAGUGAGAGACAUCAUACUAAGACUCCUAACCGAGAUCGUUAAGAGCGCCGAAGACUUGCCAAGGGUGGAAACUGAGUUAUUCCCUGAUAUGCGUGACAGCCAACUAACUUUACGUUCCGUUGCCGUGGAUGAGAUGCUAGUGCAGGACUAUAUGGACCGUGCGGUGGAAUUAUUCAAGAUUAACACCGUCGGACCCCAGAAAUACCUUAACACAUACAAGAAAUACCAAGAUUUAUUGAACAACAAGGCAGAGACAGAGGUCAUGACAUUUUUACAAGACGAACCUGUUCUUCUAGCGCUUUCGAAGAAAAUCGAUGCCUUCCAAAGCCUGUCCAAGGAAAUAGCAGCGCUCUACAUCACGGUACCCCUGAAUAUGCUGUGUCUGAACUGUGAUGAAGUCAAUCAGGAGCUAUCUGCAAGAGCUGCUAAACUAGCUGCUACUAUGACCAUUUAUGUAGUGGAUCUAAACAGGGACAAAAAUAGAGGCUUAUGUCGUCAGUACGAUGAAAUAUCUGACAAGGUCCAGGAAAUGCCAGACAACACCAAAGACCUUGUGGCUUUGACGCAAUUCCUAGAAAAUGCAAGCAGUGUCAUGGUAGUGAGUUUACAGUCCAAAGUCGAUGAGGCGGCGGAAAGACUUCUCUUUUUACUGGAUUAUGCAACAUUACCAUAUGAGGAUAUCAAGCUCAACAGCACGAUCUUCCACUGGCCUGAACACAUCCAGAAAAUCUUCGAACUCAGCAAGAGCAGAAUCGGUCAUCGUAAAGACUUGGCUCAAGAUGACCUCAGGAGAAGAAUAAAGGCUUUCGAAGAAAAGCUGAAUGGAUACAACAAGGAAGUCGAAUCAUUCAGAAAGAAAGAGAUAAUGGCGUUGGAGGAGAUGAAAAAGAAUGUUGAGAAACUCGACGAACUAGAUGAUGCUCUGAAAAAGGCAGUGGAUGAGCUGGCGGAUCUGAAUACAGAGGAAGAGCUGCUACAGUGGGAGCCAACUCAGUUCCCUAUCUUACAGACCAUGCUUGCAUACAAAGAACCUUAUGAGAAACUAUGGAAGACAGCUUUGACCUUUAACAACAAACACGAAGCAUGGCUCAAUGGGCCCUUUGUGGAGAUCAACGCAGAAGAGGUCGAGGAAGAAAUCUCAUCUAUGUUUCGUACAGUAUUCAAACUCAGUAAAACGUUUGGAGACGUCCCGGCACCAAGACGUGUGGCUGAUAGCGUCAAGAGUAAGAUUGACAAGUUCAAAGUUCACCUGCCACUUCUGCAGGUCAUCUGUAACCCUGGCCUUCGAGACAGGCAUUGGGAACAGAUGAGCGAAGUUGUAGAGUUUGACAUCAAGCCAGAACCAACUACCUCUCUUUGUAACAUGCUGGAGUACAAUCUACACAAAAACAUGAACAAACUGGAAGAAAUAAGCGGUUCAGCCAGUAAGGAAUUUGCUCUGGAGAAAGCCAUGGAGAAGAUGAAGAUAGAAUGGAAUGAUAUGAAUUUUGAGUUUGUUCCUUACAGAGACACGGGUGUAUCUAUCCUGUCAGCUGUGGAUGACAUUCAAAUGUUAUUAGAUGAUCACAUAGUCAAGGCACAAACCAUGAGUGGUUCUCCCUUUAUCAAGCCAUUUGAAGCCGAUAUCAAGGAAUGGUGUGAGAAGUUGAUCUCAAUGCAAGAUAUCAUCGAUGCCUGGUUAAAGUGUCAAGCUACAUGGCUGUAUUUAGAGCCCAUCUUCAGCUCAGAAGACAUCAUGGCGCAGAUGCCUGAAGAAGGACGCAAGUUUGGCAUCGUAGAUAGCUACUGGAAGGAUAUCAUGACCGAGUCUGUCAAAGACACACAGGUAUUAGUAGCAACUAGCCAGCAAAACAUGCUUGGACGUUUGAAUGAAUCUAAUCAGCUCCUUGAAGAAAUCCAGAAAGGAUUGAAUGCCUACUUGGAGAAAAAACAACUCUUCUUUCCUCGGUUCUUCUUCUUAUCCAAUGACGAACUGCUCGAGAUCCUGUCAGAGACCAAGGAUCCAUUACGAGUGCAGCCUCAUCUCAAGAAAUGCUUUGAAGGUAUCGCACGGUUAGAGUUCACCGAAGAUCAAGAGGUCGUAGGUAUGGUUAGUGCUGAGAAUGAGACAGUGCCCUACUCCACUAAGAUUAUCCCGGCAAAAGCUAAGGGUAUGGUUGAGAAAUGGCUGAUCCAAGUAGAAGAGGUCAUGAUCAGCAGUCUAAAAAAAGUAGCCGAAGAGGCUGUGACUGCAUAUAAUACAACACCACGUGGGAAAUGGGUGCAGGAAUGGCCUGGUCAGAUCGUGCUGGCAGUGAGUGGUAUAUAUUGGACACUUGAGAUGGCAAAAGCUAUAAUGACUAAAGGAGGACUCAAGGCAUACUUAGAAAAAUCGAACUCUCAGAUCGAUGAGAUCGUUGCUUUGGUUCGAGGCAAGCUAGACACGGGAGUCAGGGUUUCUCUUGGUGCACUUACAGUCAUCGAUGUACACGCACGUGACGUCUGUCAAAAAAUGUGCGAAGAUGGAGUGGACAACCUGAACGACUUCCAGUGGCUUUCUCAGCUUCGUUACUACUUCGAAGAGAAGCAAAUCGUCGUGCGCAUGAUUACCACUGACAUUAACUAUGGUUACGAGUAUCUAGGCAACAGUGGUAGAUUGGUUAUUACUCCCUUGACUGAUCGAUGUUACAGAACACUAAUGGGAGCUAUAAAACUGAACCUUGGAGGUGCUCCUGAAGGACCUGCAGGAACAGGCAAGACGGAAACAAGUAAAGACUUGGCUAAAGCAGUAGCAAAACAGUGUGUAGUGUUCAACUGCUCUGACGGGUUGGAUUUCAAAGCAAUGGGCAAGUUCUUCAAAGGACUUGCUCAAGCAGGAUCAUGGGCUUGCUUUGAUGAAUUUAACAGAAUUGAACUGGAGGUAUUAUCUGUGGUGGCUCAACAGAUUGCCACAAUUCAAAAGGCCAUCGCCGCCCAUAAGAAGAGAUUCUUAUUUGAAGGCACAGAACUUGUGUUGAAUCCUACGUGUACCAUGUUUAUCACCAUGAAUCCUGGUUAUGCUGGACGACAAGAGUUGCCAGAUAACCUAAAGGUAUUGUUUCGUACCGUUGCUAUGAUGGUUCCUGACUACGCGCUAAUCAGCGAGAUAUCUUUAUACUCCAUGGGAUUCCUCAAUGCAAGAAGUUUGGCUCAAAAGAUUGUGGCCACCUACCAACUAUGUUCAGAACAGCUCUCGUCUCAGUCUCACUAUGAUUACGGGAUGCGCGCGGUCAAAUCUGUACUCACGGCGGCUGGUAACCUGAAGCUGCGCUUCCCCGAGGACGAUGAAGCUGAGCUCAUGUUACGUGCUGUAUUGGAAGUCAACCUUGCUAAGUUCUUAUCUCAGGAUGUACCGUUGUUCCAGGGUAUCAUAUCUGAUCUGUUCCCCGGCACUGCUUGGCCCAACCCUGAUUAUGGUGUGUUGUUGGAAGCUCUACGAGAAAACUGUUCACGGCGCAACUUGCAGGCCACUGAUUGGUUUAUUAAGAAAAUCAUUCAGGUGUACGAGAUGAUGAUAGUUCGUCAUGGAUUCAUGAUUGUUGGUGAUCCACUGGGCGGUAAAACAAUGGCCUUCAAGGUACUUGGAGAUUCCAUGACUGAUCUCAACGAAGCAGGAUAUCCAUUCCAAAAGGUUAUUUACAAGAUCAUCAAUCCCAAAUCCCAGACAAUGGGUCAGCUAUACGGUAGCUUUGAUCCCAUAUCACACGAGUGGUCAGACGGUGUCCUGGCUAACUCCUUCCGUGACCAAGCGUCGUCAACCUCAGAUGAUCGUAAAUGGUUGAUAUUCGAUGGUCCAGUCGAUGCUGUGUGGAUUGAGAAUAUGAACACUGUACUCGAUGACAAUAAAAAGCUUUGUCUGAUGAGCGGCGAGAUCAUCCAGAUGAGUGGUAAACAAAGUCUAAUGUUUGAGCCAGCUGAUCUGGAACAAGCUUCGCCUGCUACUGUCAGCAGGUGUGGUAUGAUCUACAUGGAACCUAACCAGAUGGGCUGGAGGCCACUAAUGGAGUCCUACAUGAAUACUCUUCCAAAAGUGCUAACUAAAGAACAAAGAGAAACCAUCCGUUUAUUGUUUGACUGGCUCGUACAGCCUUGUCUAGAUUUCAUUCGUCACGAGUGUAAGUUCUUCAUCUUGUCGUCAGACAUGCAUCUUGUCUUGUCUUUUCAACGCCUGUACUCUUGUCUGAUGGACGAGAUAGAAGCCCAGGAUCAUGCUGAAGGUGCUGACCGCAUGUCUGCAUCUCAGAUCACCAACUGGCUCCAGGGUCUGUUUCUAUUCUCCAUGGUCUGGUCUAUUGGUGGGACACUUAAUGGUGAUAGCCGUAAGAAAUUUGACGCAUUCUUCAGGCUCUUGAUCAGUGGAACAGAUAAGGACAAUCAAAAACCAAAAGAUAUUAAGAUGAGCAAGCAAAACGUAUUCCCAGAUCGUGGUACGGUGUAUGACUACUACUUUGUAAAGCAAGCAAACGGUUCAUGGAACAAUUGGAUCGAGCUGACUGACAAGGGCAAAACUCCUAUACCAAAAGACGCAAAGGUGAGCGAGAUAACAGUGGAGACAGACGAUACCGCGCGUCAGAUAUUCUUCUUAUCCACCUUCAUACCCCAUGAGAUACCAUUACUAUUCGUUGGUCCUACUGGUACCGGCAAGUCUGCUAUUACCAACAGUUAUCUCGUUAAACUACCGAAAGAACAGUACUUACCAAUCAAUAUCAACUUCUCUGCUCGCACCACUGCUGGAAUGACACAGGACAUCAUCAUGGGAAAACUAGACAGGCGUCGUAAAGGAGUAUACGGACCCCCACCUGGAAAGAAAUGCGUUGUGUUCGUCGAUGACCUUAACAUGCCUGCUAAAGAAAAAUAUGGUGCACAACCACCUAUUGAACUACUAAGACAGUGGAUUGACCAUCUUCAUUGGUACGAUCUGAAGGACACCUCAAAGAUUGAACUCCUGGAUUUGUUGUUUGUAUCAGCCAUGGGGCCGCCAGGGGGAGGACGUAACGAUAUCUGUGGUCGCUUUGUACGCCACACCAACAUCAUCUGUAUCGAUUCGUUUGAUGACAACACCAUGAACAAGAUCUUCACCUUUAUUGCUGACUGGCAUUUCGCUAAGGGGUUCGAAGCCACGUUCCAACGACUGGGAAAGAUUGUGGUUCUAGCUACUAUGCAAGUGUACAAGUCAGCCGUGGAGAAGUUCCUCCCCACACCCAGUAAGUCUCACUAUGUCUUCAACCUUCGAGACUUCGCCAGGGUCAUAUUCGGCGUCCUAUUGGUUCCCUCCACUCACAUGAACGAAGGCGACAAGCUGAUUCGUCUUUGGAUCCACGAAGUUUACCGAGUGUUUUACGACAGGCUGAUCGACGACAACGACAGACAGUUGUUCUUCGAACUGAUCAAAGAAACCACUAAGCAACAAUUUAAACUCGACAUGGACCGCCUUGUUGGGCACCUUGUGCCAACGGGACAAAAACUAAAGGACGAUCAUAUUAGGAAUCUGUUUUUUGGAGAUUACAUGGUGCCUGAUAGUGCCGAUAAGAUAUACGAUGAAGUGACAGACUUCAAGCUUCUUACCACACAAAUUGAAUCAUACCUCGAUGAAUUCAACCAGAUGAGUAAGACACCGAUGUCCUUGGUCAUGUUUAAAUUUGCCAUCGAACAUAUCUCACGAGUAAGCAGGGUUUUAAAGCAGGAUAAUGGUCACGCCCUACUUGUAGGGAUUGGUGGCAGCGGCCGUCAGAGCGCUACUCGUCUAGCUACCUUCAUGGCCGAUUACGACUUGUUCCAGAUUGAAAUUUCUAAGAACUAUACUAAAAACGAAUGGCGAGAAGAUAUCAAGAAGAUGCUAAUCAAAGCUGGCGUUGAUGGCAAACCUACAGUGUUCUUGUUCAGCGAUAAUCAGAUCAAAGAAGAAUCAUUUGUGGAGGACAUCAACAUGAUACUUAACACAGGAGAUGUGCCCAAUAUAUUCGCUGCUGAUGAGAAGGCUGAUGUCAUUGAUAAAAUGCAAACUGUUGCACGAGUUGAGGGCAAGAAGAUCGACGCCACACCAUUAGCCAUGUACAAUUUCUUCAUCGAACGUGUACGAGGUAACCUCCACGUAGUCCUCGCAAUGAGUCCUAUUGGGGACGCAUUCAGAAACAGGCUACGUAUGUUCCCGUCUCUUAUCAACUGCUGUACCAUCGAUUGGUUCCAGGCUUGGCCAGAAGAUGCCCUGGAGAUGGUGGCCAAUAAGUUCUUAGAGGAAGUCGAUAUGGCCAUCGAAGUUAGGAAAGAGUGCGUCUUUAUGUGUAAAUAUUUUCAUGAAAGCGUGAGGAAAUUGUCAGAAAGCUAUUACUCGACUCUCCGCCGUCGUAACUACGUAACACCCACAUCCUACCUUGAGCUCAUCAUGACAUUCAAGACUCUACUUCACAUCAAACGAGAAGAAAUAAUGGCUUUGAAGAACCGUUACCUAACUGGUCUAGAGAAGCUAGAGUUCGCUGCUUCGCAGGUCUCGAUCAUGCAGAAAGAACUGAGUGAUCUGCAGCCACAGUUGGUGCAGACGUCUGCGGACACGGAGAAACUGAUGAUUAAGAUUGAGCAGGAUACUGUGGAAGUUGAAGCCAAGAAAGAGGUUGUUGCAGCCGAUGAAGCUGUUGCUAACGAAGCAGCAGGCGUUGCUAAGGGUAUCAAAGAUGAAUGUGAAAGUGAUCUAGCGGAGGCCUUACCUGCACUGGAAGCUGCUCUCAAGGCUUUGGAUACCCUCAAACCAAGUGAUAUCUCUAUGGUUAAAAGUAUGAAGAACCCCCCUGGGGCUGUCAAACUAGUCAUGGAAGCCGUGUGCAUCAUGAAGAACUUAAAACCCGAGCGUAAGCCCGACCCGUCGGGUUCUGGUCGGAUGGUUGAGGAUUUCUGGGGCCCUUCACAGAAAAUGCUGGGUGACCUGAAAUUCUUAGAAUCACUCAAGGUCUACGACAAGGAUAACAUAGCUCCUGCCGUCAUGAAAAAGAUCAGAGAUAAGUAUGUGACCAACCCAGAUUUCAAUCCUGAUGUUAUCAGAAGUGUAUCUUCAGCUUGUGAAGGUCUGUGUAAGUGGAUUCUGGCUAUGGAGGUCUAUGACAGAGUGGCUAAGGUUGUUGGCCCAAAGAAAGAAAAGCUGGCAGCAGCCGAGGCUGAACUGGCCAUCCAGAUGGAAAAACUAAACCUUAAGAGGGCUCAGCUUAAAGAGGUUAUGGACAAACUGCAGGCGUUGAAUGACGAGUUCGAAAGAAUGACGAACAAGAAAAAGGAGUUGGAACACAACAUUGAUUUGUGCGAGAAGAAAUUAGACCGAGCAGAAAAACUGAUCGGAGGGUUGGGCGGAGAGAAAGAAAGAUGGACAGAGACAGCUAAAAUGCUGGAAGACAAGUACCUCAAAGUCACUGGUGAUGUACUAUUAUCCUCUGGCGUGGUAGCUUAUCUUGGCCCUUUUACCGUAGACUUCAGAAACAAUUGUAUCGAGGGAUGGGUGGCACAGUGUAAUGACCGAAAGAUCCCAUGCUCCACGUCUUUCUCACUCAAUGGAACCCUCGGAGAUCCCGUCAAGAUUCGUGCGUGGAACAUCGCGGGUUUACCUGUUGACUCCUUUUCUGUUGAUAACGGGAUCGUGGUGGAUAAUGCACGUCGAUGGCCGCUCAUGAUCGAUCCUCAAGGACAAGCAAAUAAAUGGGUCAAAAACAUGGAGAAAGAUUCAAAGUUAUCUGUCAUAAAACUAUCUGAUGCCAACUACGUACGAACACUAGAGAACAGUAUUACGUUUGGCACGCCUGUCUUGCUGGAGAACGUUGGUGAAGAACUCGACCCGAUCCUUGAACCUUUGUUAUUGAAGCAGACAUUCAAACAAGGUGGUGUAGAGUACUUAAAGCUCGGUGAAAACAGUAUCGAAUACUCCAAGGAGUUCCGUUUCUACAUCACUACUCGACUACGUAACCCUCACUAUCUGCCCGAGAUUUCUGUCAAGGUGACCCUACUGAACUUCAUGAUCACUCCCCUCGGUCUGGAGGAUCAGCUACUGGGAAUCGUGGCAGCCAAGGAGAAACCAGAACUAGAGGAGAAGAAGAACGAGUUGAUCAUCGAGGGAGCCAAGAAUAAGAAACAGCUCAAAGAAAUUGAAGACAAGAUUCUUGCAGUCCUUUCAUCAUCUGAGGGCAACAUCCUAGAAGACGAAACUGCUAUCAAAAUUCUUUCAUCUUCUAAAGUACUUUCCGAAGAAAUCUCUGCAAAACAGGAAAUCGCCACAGCUACGGAGCAAGAGAUUGAUGAGACUCGUAACGGAUACAAACCAGUGGCCACCCACUCUUCCGUGCUGUUCUUCUGUAUCUCAGAUCUGGCGAACAUUGAACCUAUGUACCAGUACUCUUUGACCUGGUUUAUUAAUUUAUACUUGCAGUCUAUUAAUAACAGCAGACGGUCACCUGAACUAGAGGAACGUAUCGAAUCUCUCAACGAUCAUUUUACUCAGAGUAUCUACUCCAACGUCUGCCGUUCUCUGUUCGAAAAAGAUAAAUUACUCUUUUCGUUCCUUCUCACUAUUGGUAUUCUUAAGAGCAGAGGUAAAGUAGACGACCAAGUAUGGCGAUUCUUCUUGACUGGAGGCGUUGCCCUGGACAACCCUUACCCGAACCCAUGUCCUGAUUGGCUGGGAGACAAGAGCUGGUCUGAGAUCGUCAGGGCUUCUGACCUGCCCAACCUGAAGGAUCUUAGAGAAACCAUGGGAGAUCCAGGAUGGAAAUCAUUCUACGAUUCUUCUACACCUCAAACGGAACGAAUGCCUGACCCUUGGGAUCUUUUGUCAGGGCUWGAUCGCAUGGUCGUAUUACGAUGCCUAAGACCAGACAAAGUAGUACCAGCAGUGCAGGAUUUCAUCGUGGACAAGAUGGGCCGUUCAUACAUCGAGCCUCCAACAUUCAACCUCCAACUCAGCUACGACGACUCGCACAGUUGCGCUCCCCUAGUCUUCGUCUUGUCUCCAGGUGCGGACCCAAUGGCCGGCCUUUUGAAAUUUGCCAACGACAAAGGAUUCGGUGGAAAUAGAAUCCAGACCAUUUCCCUGGGUCAGGGCCAGGGUCCCAUUGCAGCUGGUAUGAUAGACCAGGCUAUCAAACAUGGAACGUGGGUUGUUCUACAGAACUGUCACUUGGCCACCAGUUGGAUGCCUAAACUAGAGAAGAUAUGCGAAGAGGUUAUUGUACCGGAGAAUACUCACAAGGAUUUUAGACUUUGGUUGACCAGCUAUCCUUCUCCUGAUUUCCCUGUUUCUAUUCUACAAAAUGGGGUCAAGAUGACCAACGAACCUCCCAAGGGUCUAAGGUCAAAUCUACUUCGGUCUUAUCUCAACGAUCCCAUAUCUGACAAAGAGUUCUUUACUGGAUGUAACAAGCCGGAUGCUUUCGAAAAGCUAUUGUUUGGUCUGUGUUUCUUUCACGCUCUUGUUCAAGAGAGACGUAAGUUCGGUCCUCUUGGUUGGAAUAUCCCUUACGAGUUCAACGAAUCAGAUCUUAGGAUCAGUAUGCGACAGUUACAGAUGUUCUUAAACGACUACGACGAGAUUCCCUUCGAUGCGUUGUCAUAUCUGAUUGGUCAAUGUAACUACGGUGGUCGUGUGACAGAUGACAAGGAUAGACGUCUGUUGGUUUGUCUGCUGUCCAUAUGCGUGGGUGAUAACAUCAUAAAUAUCGACAAACACAAGUUUUCAGAGAGCGGCAUCUACUACGUGCCACCCAAAGGUUCCUAUGAGGAUUAUGUGGAAUUCAUUCGUAGCCUACCACUGAUCCCUAACCCAGAAGUGUUCGGGCUGCACGAGAAUGCUGAUAUUACUAAAGAUCAGAAGGAAACCCAAGAGCUAUUCGACUCCAUCCUUCUAACCCAGCCACGCCAGACAGGAGGCGGGGGUAAAUCAUCAGCAGAGAUGAUCGAAGAACUAGCAAACGACAUCCUCUCCAAAUUCCCUCCUCCCUUUGACAUGGAGAUGGUGAUAGAAAAAUACCCUGUGGUGUAUAAUGAAUCCAUGAAUACUGUCCUUAGACAGGAACUCAUACGAUUUAAUAGACUGACUAAUGUGGUCAGGACUACCUUGAUUAACCUACGCAAAGCUGUUAAGGGAUUGGUAGUAAUGUCUGGUGAACUAGAAGAUGUGUUCAAUAACAUGUUGGUGGGUAAAGUACCAGCCGUCUGGGCUGCUAAAUCCUAUCCAUCAUUAAAACCCCUUGGUAGCUACGUCACUGACUUACUGGAGAGACUCAAGUUCUUCCAGGAUUGGAUAGAUCGAGGUCCUCCAAACGUGUUCUGGAUCUCAGGGUUCUACUUCACCCAGUCUUUUCUUACAGGUGCCCGUCAGAAUUUUGCGCGAAAGUACACCAUACCAAUUGAUCAUGUUGGGUAUGAAUUCGAGGUAACAAAAGAAGAAAAAGAGAUGAAAGAAAAACCCGAAGACGGGGUUUACGUCACAGGACUUUUCCUGGAGGGAGCUCGAUGGGACCGAGAGAAGAUGGUGGUUGGUGAAUCACUACCUAAAGUUCUUUUUGAUACACUACCUGUCUUAUGGAUCGUGCCUAAAGAAAGAUCCAAAUUCCAACCCAAAGCCAGCUACCCUAGUCCAGUGUACAAGACCAGUGCUCGACGAGGAACUCUCUCCACAACAGGACACUCGACAAACUUCGUCAUGUUUGUUGAAUUACCCUCCGACAAGCCUGUGGCACACUGGGUCAACAGGGGUGUGGCUCUCCUCUGCCAACUAGAUGAUUAACAAUCCUCCAAUUUUUCUAACCCUAAAGACAAUUUUUGUUUGGAUUUCAUCAGUAGUUUACUAACGAGAUUUUUUCUAACAAAUUAACGUAAAAUACAACUGUUGAACAGUUUCAUUUGCGCUGAAAAAUUUAGUGUGAAAUGAUGACCAUCGUUUUGUGAAUGGUCAAAAUUAUUUAUAUUAUUGAAUAUUGUUUUGUUGGUUUGGGAUUACUUCUGUAACCUAUAAAAUACUUUACACCCAACAAACCAUAUAAAUUAUGUAAAAUGCAGAUCAUACUGAUAUUUAUUCCUACUAAUAAGUUAAUGUUUGAGUAUUGUAACCCUGUGUGUAUAGCGUUAAACGCUUGCUUCAUGAAUAUCGCAUGGUUUUUUUUAUAAACUUGUAUAGUGUGAGGGCUCUUGGUCCUAAUGAAUUAAGCAACGUUAUUAAACUUGCUCUUUUUUAUUA